AUGGUGAAAACUAAUAAUGGAGUGGUCGAAUCUGUUGAGGAUGUUAAGGAGACAGUCCGAAGUUUUUACAAUGAUAAGUAUGUUAAACCUGAGUCGAAAAGACCUUUGUUGGAAGGUUGUUCCUUUAAUUCCCUGUCUGAAGCUGAUGUAGAUUACUUGGAGGCCCUUUAUUCAAAAUUCGAAAUCAAAGCAGCGGUUUGGUCUUGCGAUGGAACAAAAAAACUGGGUUCGGAUGGUUUCAAUUUUGUGUUCAUCAAGAAAUGUUGGAUUAUCUUGAAGGAGGAUAUCAUAUGGUUCGUGAAAUACUUUCAUCCUCAUGCAUAUCUCCAUAAAGCUGUUACAUCUUCAUUUCUUACACUCAUUCCUAAGGAUCGAGGAGGUUUAUUUCAAGAAAUUGAGACCAGUUCCAUGGCUGAAGACCAGGAUCGAGGGGAAAUUUGUUUCAAGAAACUGAGACCAGUUUCGUGGCUGAAGACCAGGAUCGAGGGGAAGUUUUACCCUUUUCUAAGUAAGAUUACUUAG